UCUCGUCUACAAUGAUAAGCUUUAGUGUCAGAAGAAAUGUAACCAAGUUCUUGGUUCACUCCUUUUCCACUUCAAUACUAACAACAUCAAGACCCAACCCAUUUCAUCAAAUCGAAACUCACCUUAGGAAUUGCUCAAAUCAGUAUGUUUUAGAACCUAUCUAUGCUUCAAUGAUAAAAACUAGUGUUCAUCAAGAUUGUUUCUUAGUUAACCAAUUCAUUAGUGCCUGUGCGACAUUUGAUCGAAUAGAUUUUGCUACUUUAGCUUUUGAUCAAAUGGAAGAACCAAAUACCUUUGUAUACAAUGCGUUGUUAAGAACUUAUAAUCAGUGUUCUUCGCCUAUUUUAGCGUUAGAGUUGUACUUAAAGAUGUUGAAAAAUCAGGUUUUGCAGACUAGUUUUACUUUUUCGGCUUUGAUAAAAGCUUGUAGUUUAUUGCAAUCUGUUAAGUAUGGAGAAGCAGUUCAUAGUCAGAUAUGGAAGACUGGGUUUUCAUCUCAUAUGUUUGUACAAACUGGAUUGAUCGGUUUUUAUUUAAGUUUGCACAGGAUUAGUGAUUCUCAGAAUGUGUUUGAUGAAAUGACUGAAAGAGAUGUUGUUGCAUGGACUAGUAUGAUUAAAGUUUAUGUCCGAAUAGGAGAUUUGAGUUCUGCAAGGAAAUUGUUUGAUGAGAUGCCAGAAAGGAAUACGGCUUCGUGGAAUACAUUGAUCGAUGGUUAUUCGAAGUUAGGGGAGGUUGACUCUGCUGCCAGUUUGUUUGGCCAAAUGCCAGCGAGGGAUCUUAUAUCAUGGACAACAAUGAUCACUUGCUAUGCGUGGAACAAAAGGUGUAGGGAAGCAAUACAAGUAUUCCAAGAUAUGAAAAAUGCAGGGUUUAGGCCAGAUGAAGUGACGAUGGCUACUGUUAUUUCGGCUUGUGCACAUAUAGGAGCUCUUGAAUUAGGAAACGAAUUACAUCGUUACGUAAUGAAUAAUGGAUUCAGUCUUGACGUUUAUAUUGGUUCAGCAUUGAUUGAUAUGUAUUCGAAGUGUGGAAAUUUAGACAGAUCCUUAGUGAUAUUCUUCAAGUUACGAGAGAAGAAUCUGUAUUGCUGGAAUUCUAUCAUUGAAGGGCUUGCGGUUCAUGGAUAUGGCGAAGCUGCACUGGAUAUGUUUAGGAGAAUGGAAAAGGAGAAAAUUAAACCUAAUGAGGUUACCUUUAUUAGUGUUCUUAGUGCUUGUACUCAUUCUGGUUUAGUAGAAGAAGCACGUGCAAUUUUCCUAAGCAUGACUCAAGAUUAUUCAAUAUCUCCUAGUAUUGAACAUUAUGGUUGUGUCAUUGAUCUUCUAAGCAAAGCUGGGUUGAUUGAAGAUGCAUUGAUUCUAGUUAGAAGUAUGAAGUUUGAACCAAAUUAUGUGAUAUGGGCUGCGAUUCUUGGUGGGUGUAAACUCCAUGGAAACCUAGAAAUUGCUAAAGUUGCGGCAGAAAAAUUGUUAUCUUUGGAACCAGAUAACAGUGGGUUUUAUGGUCUUCUAAUUAGUAUGUAUGUGGAAGCAAAUCAAUGGAGUGAAGCUGAAAAAAUUAGGGGGAUGAUGAAAGAACAAGGAGUUCAAAAGAAAUUUCCUGGUUCAAGUUCAAUUGAAAUAGACGGCAGGGUUGAAGAGUUUGUAGCUUGUGAUAAAUCCCAUCCUUUGUCGGAUGAAGUUUGUGAAGUGUUGGCUGACUAGAUGGCCAAAUGAGUGGAUGGGUGCACUAUCAGCUGUAGACGAUGAAAGUGUGAACGUUCUCUCAGAAUCAAGGGAAGCAGAGAAACCCUGUUCUAGGGUACAUCCACUGAUAGUUUCUGGUUACCAACUGAACCAAAAGAUGUAAUUAGAAACUUCAAACAAGAUUACAUCCAAUUCAUCCGUUAAAUGAUUUCACAAUUGAAGACAUUGGGAAGUUUGACAUUGCUGCUGCGAUCUCGCAGAUACUUGAGCUUCAUGGAAAUUCAGUAAAAGUUGAUGUAGUUGCUCAUUGUGCUGGAGGAUUAGCAAUUCAUAUUGCUCUCUUGGGAGGUUAUGUCUCUGCAUUCCAUAUUGCAUCGCUUUGUUGCACGAACUCAUCGAUGUUUUUUAAGCUCACUAUAUCAUCAUUAGGCAAGAUGGGACUUUCUCUUAUCCCAGUGGAUGAAUGUGAAGUAAUCUCAAGCAUUUUUGGUAAUGCAUUCUGGCACAGCAACAUAAGUUCAGCAAUGCAUCAAUGGGUAAACAAACGAAGUUUACUGAGACUUCCAAUGUCCGGGUUUGCACACCUUAGGAAAAUAUGUUUAUCUGGUUUUAUUCAAGCGGUAGUAACACAUAUUUGAUACAUCCAGAGAGAUUGAUGCUUCAUACAACAUACAUUUCUGGUGGAAAUUUUUUACUAGUUACAUAAGAAACUUCAUUCUAGCUAAUCAGUAUAUGAAACCACAUCAACCUGGUUAUAAACAUACAAGAGUGGUUAUAGAAAACUUUGGACAUUCAGAUCUUUUGAUUGGUGAAAAUUUUGUGUUUUUCCUCAUAUAAUAUUUCAUCUGAAAUCAUCUGCAAAUGUAGUAACUAGUAUUCAAGAAAGUACAUAUAGAAAGGAAACUUUGUCAUGGAGUAAGGAUCCUUCUGAAGAAAGAAUUAUGCAUUUGGAGUUACAGUCUCUCCCCUGAUACUCUGUUUUUGACAUUGUGUUCAUUGAUUGUAGUUCAAUUGUUCAUUUAAUGUUGCGUUGGGUUUUUAAGGUUGUUAAGCAAUAGUCCAUUACUUAGUCAGACUGUUUUGUUUCAGCCGAUUCAUGAAUCUUGAGAUAUAUCAUAUAAUACCAUGCACCUGGAAAAAGAACUUGGGUGUCAAUUUUGGCCCAAAAAAUGCUGUAUUUCAGGUGCAAAGAUCUAGGUAAAGCACCACUGCAGCAGAUGCACAAGGCAAAACAUUUAUUCUUAAACAGAGGAGACAGUUUUUGUGACCUUGUCAGUAAAACAAGGUUCUUGAGACUCGACCCAUGGAAGUUAAGGGAAAACCCCUAAGCUACAUGGAAAUGACUCCUGGCUGACAGUUGCCUGUAUGAGCAAAUGCAAGAUAGGUGGUCUACAUGACUGCAAUAGAAAAUGAUACUUGAGCCAGGUUUUUCUACUCAAUUGGCUAAUCACGUUCAAUCUCAUCGUUAUCCCGGCCGUAAUAGUUCAAAGGCUCGUCUUGUUUGUUCCACGUACCACGAUUUACAUCCUCAGGAUUACAUGACAGCAGAUCAUCGAUACAACGUCUUUCUCUCCAAAAUGGUCCAAGAUUUGCUGAAAACCUCCUUGUCCAUAGACUUCAACUCAAUCAAGUACGUCGAUCUACUUCACGACUAAUAUUGGUGGCUUUGAUAUGCUUUAAGAGCUUUCAUUUCAGUAACGCCAAUUCCUUUCAUUCUUCUCUAGCUGCUUCUGCUUAGCUAGACUAGAUUGUGAAAGGUUUCUUCCUCAUUUUCAUUGCAUUCAUGGUUCAUCUACCUUUCACUUUUCACAACUUAUUUUUGUAUAAGAAAACAACUGUACAGUAUUACUACUUGACCCCAUUGUGCACAUGGAUUGGCCCUCUCCCCCUCUUUAUUAUCCAUUCAAUACUGGUUUUGUUAGUGAA